GUCACAACAAGAAGUGUUUCAGUAUUCUCUAAAUCACAUUAGAAAUGCAAUUUCAGGCCCACAGACAGGUAAAAAUAAGCUCCACAGCUCGGCUGCAGACACUGUUAACAUGGCUGAAACACACAGUUUGACAGCAGCGCAGGGCAGGAAGAAAUGGAAUUUACCACAGAGAGGUGGGACUGAGCCUAGAAAAGCAAAUACUGACCCUCCUGACAGAGACACUGAGAGAAAACUGGCAGUUCCUUUCAGAGGUCAUAUACCAGGAGGAAUGCAGCUGGGAAAAAGGAUCAUAGUGAUUGGUACUGUGAAUCCCCAUCCUGAUAGGUUCUACAUUGCCCUGACAUGUGGUUGUGGCACAUCCAGGGAGCCUCCACCUGAUGUGGCUCUGGAGAUGUGUGUUCGAUUCAAGGACAGACAAGUGCUACGAAGAGCCUGCAUGUCUGGAUCCUGGGGAGAUGUUGACAAAGCUGUUCCUUUUUUCCCCUUCAUCAGAGACCAGCCCUUCAAGAUUGAGAUUCGGUGUGAACAAAGCAGAUUUCGUGUGUUUGUGGAUGGCCAGCAGCUGUUUUAUUUUCACCACAGAGUGACAUCACUCAAAGACAUUGACACCUUAUGGAUCAAAGGUAGCAUCAUUAUCUCCAAACUGGGUUAAGCAGUGUCCCUGCUCAGCAGUGCUCACCAGCCCCUUUGGAGGUCUCGAAUUUCAGUUUUAUUUGCACUGUGUGUAUUUACUCCAGGCGUUCUGGUACCAGAGGAUGCUGGUACAACAAAACAAAAUUUACAAAUGUCCAUAUUAGUGUGUGAUUAAUAGUUUCUGAUGUUCAGAAAUGCAUUGUGCGUUCUACAAACAAAUAUUAGUUUAAAUGAAAGUUAAUACUUUAAUAAAUUCAGAUUCCACAUGAAUGGACUGUAGAGUUAUGGGUCUCUUUUCAUCAACAUAUAUCACAACAUCAGUUUCUAGUUCAGUGUAUCAGUGUAUGUAUUAACAGUCUGUAAGUGGAGGCUUUAUUAUAUAAAUACCUGUUUAUCUUAGCUGGAAUUAUACUUGCUACAAAAAUACUUUUGGUUUUGUUAAAUUUUUGUAUUUUUUGGUAAUUAAUGCAUUUAUCAAUACUUAUAACUUGAGCACUUUUGAAAAUCUUCUGUUUGUAGAUUAUUAGAUUACAACAUAUAUUUCUUAAACUGGUUAAUAAAUAUUUAAAAUGUAUAUGUUAUUGCCUUUUAUUAAAUAGUUUAAUGCACAGCACAACUAGCCUUCUAAACAUAAGUUUUUCUAAUGUAUGUUCAGUUCUAUUUGUAGCAUGAAUUUUUCAAUAACAGGAAACCUCUAGGAUUUCAUGCUACCAACCAUAAUAAAAAAAAAAAUCCUUUGUCUUUUGAAGAUCAUGUUUAAUGUCAGAGCUUACUU